ACCCAAAUACUUCACACCCAGAGAAGAAAACAUAAUUAAUCUUCUUUACUACAAUAUAUAUAAUGCCAAUGGCUUACUCAAAAAGUUUUUCAUUCCUCAUUUCCAUUCUCCUUUUCAUCUUUCAUAAUUUCCAUGUAUCCACUGCACAAAAAAUCAAAGGAGGGUACUGGUUCCCCGGCAGCAGUUUUGCAGUGUCAGACAUCAACUCCACGCUUUACACCCAUCUCUUCUGUGCCUUCGCCGACUUGAACGCCUCUACUUACCAAGUCACCAUUUCCUCCUCAAACGCACCUCAGUUCUCAACCUUCACCCAAACCGUUCAGAAAAAGAACCCUUCAGUCAAAACCCUCUUAUCCAUAGGAGGUGGUGCUUCCAAUCCAUCAACAUUCUCCGCCAUGGCGAGCCAAGCCGGUCGCCGGAAAACAUUCAUCGAUUCAUCGAUACAACUAGCCCGAUCGAACAACUUCCACGGCCUCGACAUGGAUUGGGAGUAUCCAUCAACUUCUACAGACAUGACAAACUACGGUUUCCUCAUCAGAGAGUGGAGAACAGCUUUGGUCAACGAGGCUAGAAACUCAGGGAAGCAAAUUUUGCUCUUAGUAGGAGCAGUUUUUUACUCUUCCAAUUAUUACUCAUUGAAUUACACAAUUCAGGAUGUAAUUAACGCCUUUGACUUUGUGAAUGUGAUGGCUUAUGAUUUCUAUGGACCAAAUUGGUACCCCAAUUUCACAGCACCACCAGCUGCUUUAUAUGCUCUUAACCAUCCAGCAGCUAAUCGGGUUAGUGGUGACAUGGGGAUCAGAGAUUGGAUUGGAUCCGGUAUGCCUGCGAGUAAACUGGUGCUGGGUGUGCCCUUUUAUGGCUAUGCAUGGCGUUUGUUGAAUUCUAAUAACCGUGGAUUGUUUGAUAGAGCUAAUGGUUCGGCCUUUGGUGGUGAUGGGUCCAUGGGGUACAGUCAGAUAAGGGAGUUUGUAAGCCAGAAUAGAGCAGCGUGUACGUUCAAUUCAACUGUGGUCUCUGAUUAUUGCUCUUCUGGGACAACAUGGAUUGGUUAUGAUGACGUGCAGAGUGUGUCUGCAAAGGUUGCUUAUGCCAAGACAAAUAAUUUGGGUGGUCAUUUUGUUUGGCACGUUGGUGCGGAUUACAAUUGGGUUCUUUCUCAAGCAGCUUCCCGGACGUGGGGAUGAUACAUACUAGAUGAAGAGGUCAAAUAAAAGUCAUGCUUGACUUGAUAAAUAAAAUUCAGGUGCUGUUUACCCUGACAUGUAUUGUUGUUACAGAGUAUAAACAGAUAAAAAAAAUUACAGAGAUAUGCGCACUGAUCUUCAAUGGUUGUAUACCCUCAUGACAUGUAUCUCUGCUUUCUUAAAGCAAAAUACUAGUAUAUAUUUAAACAAUGAGGUUGGAAAUCACUUGUACUUGCUACUUUAAUUAGAUGAGAUCCAACUAAUAAUAUUUAUCAUUUUAAUUUGGUAGCCAUUAGCUAGCCAAAGUCGCACUAUGUAUGAUGGAUUUAGUUUUUAUUUUUAUUAAUGAUUAUAAUUUUGUCUCUCCUA